AUGGUUCUGGUUCCUCUUCUUAAAAGCCUUGAAGCUAUGUUGAAUGAGCCAUCAGUCAUUAAAGAGGUAAGUGUUCAAUACAUUGUUGUGCAUGAGUACACUGUAUGAAUUUGUAUUAUAAGCUCCCUUUUUCAUUUUUAGGUUGAACAACCACAUGCUAAUACCAUAGAUAAUGGUCGAAUCUAUGACUACUGUGAUAGCGAAGCUUGCAAAUUACACCCUCUCUUUUCAAGAGAUCCUAGUGCCUUGCAAAUCAUAUUAUACUUUGAUGAGGUUGAAUGUGUUAAUCCUCUGGGAAGCAAAACAAAAAAGCACAAGAUAGGUAUAAUAUUUGUGUAUAUAUAGUAUUACUGAUUUACACUAUAUUCACGUCUGACACGUCUCUUUUAUGACAGUAUCUCAAUUGCUAAUUGAGAGAACAUUGCUAAAAAUGUAGCGUAUCUGCACAUGUAGCUUAUCUGUACCUUUGGCGGGGAAAGAGUUAACAGAGAUAGUUUUAUAAUGAGAAACACAUUAACCCAUUAAGCUGCAAGGGUCUCCCCUUGACAAGUAAAAUCGUCUGACAUUAGACAGAGUAAAGUAAAAAGUCAGGGUGCACUGGGGCGCAUUGCCGCUUAAUGGGUUAACUUGUUUUUGUGUCCCCUGACCAGUGCACCCUACUAUGCUAUUUUCAGUUUUCAGAUUUAUGCUUCUUGAUUUUAGGUUUCUUCUACUACACUCUUGGCAAUAUACAACCAAGAUACCGCUCUCAAUUAAAAGCAAUUCAACUCUGGGCCACUUGUCAAAAGAUCUGUGAUGAACAAGUAUGGAGUAAAUGCCAUAUUGGAGCCCAUUAUGAAUGAAAUUGCAGAGUUGGAAAAUGAUAAUGGCUAUGAAUUCACCAUCUCUGGCAGAAAAAGGACAUUCCGUGGAUCAAUUGCCUUUGUAUCUGGUGAUAAUCUGGGACUGCAAGAACUUGGAGGAUUUAAAGUUGGACCUGGUGCUAACUGCAAAUGCCGAGAAUGUAUGGGUUUGGCAGAUGAGAUCAAGAGAAUGGUAAGCAGAAUAAAAGGUUUAAAAGAUUCUGUAUUUGGGAAGCACGGGUGGG